AUGAUCCGCGAGUGCUGGAACUUCAACUACUUGUUCGACGUGGAUUUCGUGAUGAAUCAGUUUGACGAGGACGUUCGGAGUUUGGUGCAAGUCAAAGUCGUGCAUGGGUCCUGGGAGAGGGAGGCUGCUAAUCGGAUCCGGGUGGAAGAAGCAUGCGCUCGAUAUUCCAAUGUCGAACCCAUCAUAGCUUAUAUGCCCGAGCGGUUUGGGACGCACCAUUCGAAGAUGAUGAUUCUUCUGCGGCAUGAUGAUCUGGCUCAAGUUGUUAUACAUACCGCAAACAUGAUCCGAGGAGACUGGACGAACAUGACACAGGCUGUGUGGCGGUCCCCGUUGCUUCCUCUUUGUCCAGCUGGAUCUCUGAAUUCUGCACAAGCCCAAUCUGCCAUCGGUAGUGGUUCACGGUUCAAGAGAGAUCUACUGUCAUACUUAAAGGCCUAUGGGCCCAAGAAAACCGGUUCACUGGUACAGCAACUUAUUCGUUAUGAUUUCGGCGCUAUUCGUGCAGCGCUUGUGGCGAGUGUACCAUCCAAGCAGGAUUUCGGUGUUCUCGACUCUGAGAUUGCUACUGUAUGGGGCUGGCCUGCUUUGAGAGAUCUCAUGAAUCGCAUACCUAUCAAGAAACGACCCAAAGAAGGGAAAGGUCCUGAGGGCUUGACGCCUCACAUCGUCGCUCAAAUCUCUUCAGUAGCCUCCCUCGGCCAGACAGACAAGUGGCUGAAGGAUGUCUUCUUCAAAUCACUCGCGCCAGUAUCAAAGCCACAACCCAAAUUCUCCAUCAUUUUCCCAACUCCAGACGAAAUCCGGCGCUCGUUGGAUGGCUACGGUUCUGGCGGAUCAAUCCAUAUGAAAAUACAGAGCGCGCCGCAGCAAAAACAACUUCAGUACAUGCGUCCACAUCUCUGUCACUGGGCAAGUGAUAACCCGUCGAGUACGAACUUUGUUGAUCUAUCUGAAGACAAACCUCCCAAGCGUGAAGCCGGUCGCGGUCGUGCCGCACCUCAUAUCAAGACCUAUGUCCGGUAUUCAGAUGCAAAAACCAUGGAUACCAUUGACUGGGCGAUGGUAACUUCUGCGAACCUGUCCACACAGGCUUGGGGAGCUGCGACAAAUGCGAAUGGAGAAGUGAGAAUUUCCAGCUGGGAAAUUGGUGUCGCUGUGUGGCCAGAGCUGUUCACGGAUGACUCUGCCUCUCCGAAUCCCAUAUCGGAAUCUUCCGCGUUGAUGGUGCCCUGCUUUAAGCGCGAUCGGCCCUGUUCGUCUUCGGACGACGCCCUGGAGAGGAAACCUUCUACAAUUGUUGGAUUUCGACUGCCAUACGAUCUCCCACUCACACCAUACAGCGCAUCAGACGAGCCAUGGUGUGCAACAAAGUCACACGAUCUUCCUGACUGGCAAGGUCUAUCCUGGGCCGCCUGA